ACGGCCCAACGCGAAGCGAUGGCGACAAGCAGCAGGGAGCAGGAAGCCAGGGAUUACUUGGAAAAACAUCGGAUUAUGGAGUUGCUGAACUAUCUCACUAGCAAUCUGCUCUUUUUCCAGCCAGAUAAGCCAAGAGAGUAUUUAGUAUCUCUAUUGGAACGACUGAGACUUGCCAAAAUAACAGGCGUGGCUUUUCCUUUCUUGAUGGACCAGUCUAACAUUGUGGCUAUGUUUGAGAUGAUGGACUCCUCGAAUAAAGGCACCAUAUCUUUUGUGCAGUAUAAAGAAGCCCUAAAUACCCUAGGUCUGUGUACUGCAGAUGAAGUUUUAAAAGAUGAUGGACAUGGAAUAACUUUGGAUAAAUUCAAGCAGGAAGUGUACAAAAGGACUAAGGAAAUAUGGUCAGCAUUUUAAUAACACACCCCCAUCUAAAAGAGGACACCCAUAAAGUACAAAAGAACACGCUGAACUUAAGUACCAGAAAUCCACUGCCACUCUACUCCUUCCUAUGCAAACAUAACUGCCUUUCCCUUGAUUCCUUAAAAAUUCUAGACAGCCUAUAAAAUCAAUGCGUGGUGUAAUCUGGUAUUUAGUAACAUUUAAUACAAAGCACUCAUUGAACCCCUCUGCUACUUGCCCUGCAUGAGAUGUAGCGAAACUCAAGGAUACACAAGGUAGUACCCACCCUCUAGCUACAAACAAGGUUAUAAUUCUCAACAAAUUCAAUCAAAUGUCAUUGAAAACAAAUGCCUAUGAUUUUUUUAGAUCAAAUUAAAAAAAUCUCACCAAUAUGUCCAAUAUACAUGGAUGUAGUCCCUCAACUAAAAUGUGGGUGAUACAAUAACUUCCUUAAGCCGUUUUCCCAUCACUUAUUCCCAUACUCUCUUGCACAGCUACAAAUCAUUUUAACAUCAGCACCCCUUUUCAAAAGCUAAUGCUCACCUACUUUUUGACUGGCACUUCUCUUUCUAAAAUAUUUAUAAAUCUGAAGGAGCAAUUUGCAUGGUAAAACACAUGUGGAUUCAGUUGUAAAAAGUGCCAGAACAAAUGCUACAGCAAACCCAGGGGGAAACUUGAGAAACUGGUCAGAUAAUAUGAUAAUACAUGAGCUGAUUCCUACAACAUAAGUCCCAAAAUAUAUAUAUAAAGGGCAGUGACAAAACAGGAAUUUAUCUCUUUAGAGAAAAAACAGAAAUGUGAGUAGUAUCAGAUUUUAACUUAAACCAGGACAAGCACAGAAACACUUAACAUUUGCUAUUAAUAAAAA